AUGAGCGAUUACGACAUGGAGCCAGGUGAUCGUGAGAAGCUCCUAGUGAAGACUAGACUUCCGUAUCCGGAAUACACCAUUUACCAUGAAGUUCGCGAAAAACUUGCUGCUGUGCGUGGCCUGGCGUGGGAGCUGCACGACAAUAUGAGAAAUGCCCUUUGGGACAUUACCCAGCAGUACAGAACGACACUAGCUGGUAUUGCGGAACACAAGAAAGAAUAUGACGCGAUUCUUCACGAGUACAGCACUGUUCACGACAUGGCAGACCGAGCCCACGAUCUUUCGUUGAUUGUGAAGUGGCCCGCGAUCUUCGCACACCCCCACAUUACGCUGUCCGACAAUGAACAUGGUUGGAGGGUGGAUGUGCAGCCUGAGGCGACAAAUCGCUUGUACUAUAGUGAUUGGAUUGAGAGAAUCGCAACCGGAAGAACCUUUUGGGGCGUAAACGGGCUCCCUAAUGAUCCUGCCGAAAUUUACCCUCUUCCUCAACCUCCUGGCUCAACGGAAUCACAGCAGCAAGAGCAAGAUGGGACACAACAGCAGGAGCAGCAGGAGCAGCAAGAGCAGCAGGAGCACUCCGGCUCAGCAGCAAGCCCAUGCCAGCCGGUCCCAACAACGGCUGUCCCUGCCAAUGCCGAAAAGAAUUCCUCCCCAGAACCACUCUCAUUGAGCCUUCCAAGCCUGAAUGUUGCCGAUCAACCGGUUGCUCGCGCUCGCUCCCACUCUCCGUCCAGGGGACUGUCUGAUAUCGACCAUAGACCAGCCAAGCUCGAUAAAGGAAAGGGAAAAGCCGUCGACAUCCGCCAGGGAAACACUAGCGCGACUGCUGGCACCACCGCUGGAUCCUCAUCCGUCUCCGUCAGCGGCCAGUCCACUUUUGCCGCUGACCCUCUCUUUGCUUUUGCCUCUGCUACCUCUAUCGCGGGACCGUCAGAUACCGACCGCCAACCGACCAAGCUCGACAAAAAUAAGGGCAAUGCCGUCGAUGCCCCCCAUAGCAACGCCGUGGCAACCACCGCUGCCACCGUUGGCUCCUCGUCCACUGCUGUGGGCGUUCCGUCUAUACUCGCCGGUGAACCUGGCUCUGCUUCCGUCUUAGCUAUUGCGGGACCAUCCAACACGGCCAAUGCGGUCGACAACCCCGCCGACACUACUAGCAACAAGAGCAGCAGAUCUACCAGUAACAACUCCACCACCACCGUCAUCGCCACCACAGUCAGCAAAGAAGAGGGAAACCAGGAGGUCGUCGCUAACAAUGCCGCAGACAAGAGCACCGCAAAUAUGCAAGGUAGAGCGACCAAGAUCAAAUUCAUCACUCCUGGCAGCAAAAAAGACGUCAAAGGCAAAGGCAAAGCAGUUGACAAACCCAGCAACAUUGACAACAAUGCCUACAAGAUUGUCAAGCCUGGAAGUAGCAAGCAACCCGCAGCCGUUGCCACGCACAGAACCAUCAAACGAUCGCAGGUUGUCAAGGAAAAGUACUGGGUCUUCAAGCUCGAUUCCUCCAUGUUCAUAAAAAGUGGCAGAAUCAGGGCGGACUUUUCGAAUGACAAGGGCAACAACAAGAGCAAGGUCAACGGAAAGGGUAAGGCGACGGUGCCUGGCAGUACCAAUGACAAUGACGAAGGAAACGGCGUAGGCAGCGGCAGCAUGGCCAUUAGCAGCAAGACCGCUACGGCCAUCAACAGUGGCAAUGACAACAACUCCGACGAUGAGUUGGCUCUUGGCCAAAACAGUGAUGACUAUAGUAGCGGCAGCGAGACAGAUGACAGCAAGGACAGUAAUUUCACUCUCAGUUCCAAGUCCAAGAAGCGCAAGGCUACCCCCACCGCUGCCGAAUCGCGCACCACGAAACGCAGCACCACCACCGGCGCCACUACCGGUACCACCACAACCACCAUCGCCGCGGCCUCUAGCUCCCACUCCAGCGGCAACAAGCGCAAGCGUGCCACGACCGACACAGGCGACAAAGAAGAGACCGCCUAUUACGUCCUUCGUUGUCCGCUCAAAGAGGAAUGCAAGUCCGCAUCCUAUUGUCCUUUCAGCCACGACAGCCCCGCAAGCAUCAAAGGCGUGUUCAACCGACACCCAUUCAAGAAGCGCCGAGCAAUGGACCAUUUCAAGCUCUGUGAACAAGGACAUGGGGACUACAGCACUGAGAGGAAGAUUUGGGAUAAUUGUUGUUUGAGGGUGGUGCCGGACAGAAAGAACACCCCCGUGAACAAUGAGUGGGCUGAGAAGCACAACAGAGCUUUGAUCCAGAGCUUGAUCAAGAAAGCCGCGGGCGGGAAGAAGGAGAAGGAGAUGCUGGAGAGGGAGAUGGAAGAGGAGCUUUGA